CUCUGAGCUGCAUCGCAUCAUAUGCUCAAUAGAUGACACAACGCUCUUACACCUUAGUAGACGAGAUGACCAACCGAGUCACCAAACCAACGAACAGAAGCUACAACGAUGGAUUGAAAAACCUCUACAUGGGAGACAUGCCAACGAGAUUAGCCAAGAAAACGUUGACAAGAAAGCGUAAAACUAUUGGCUUACCUCAGGCCAAAUGUUCCCUGAGACUGAGGGAUUCCUUGUAGCUAUACAGGACCAGGUCUUAAGAACUUGCAGGUACGGCUGUCAGGACUCCGAAACAAUACAACACGUAACUGGUGGAUGCCAAGCAUUCGCUCCA